AUGUUGAUUUUGAGGCUCCUUGAUGAUUUUUUAUUGAAAAACUGUUCGAGAUAUUAUUGCAGUUCAAAAAUUAUUAUGAAAUAUUUGAAUGUAGCAGAAAAAAAUGAUGCAGCCAAGAAUAUCGCCUCUAUUUUGUCAAGAGGAAAUUCCAACAGGCGUGAAGGUAUGUCACCAUACAAUAAAAUUUACGAAUUUUCCACCCAAGUUUUGGGAGAAGAAGCCAGAAUGGUUAUGACCUCAGUUUCUGGACACUUGAUGAAUUAUGAAUUCACAGGUCAAUACAGGAUGUGGCACAGUUGCAGUCCAUUAGCAUUAUUUGAUGCACCUGUCAUGAAAACUUGUCCUCCUGAUUAUGAACGAAUUAAAAAAACUCUGGAAAGGGAGAUAGUAUCAUGUCAAGGAUUGAUCAUUUGGACUGAUUGUGAUAGAGAAGGAGAGAAUAUUGGUUUUGAAAUAAUAAAAGUUUGUACUGACAUUAAACCAAACUUGAGAAUAUAUAGAGCAAAAUUUUCUGAAAUAACUGCUGCUUCUGUAUUCAGAGCAUUGAAUACUCUUGGACAGCCCAACAGAAACAUUAGUGAUGCUGUAGAUGUUAGACAAGAAUUAGAUUUGAGGACAGGAGCUGCCUUUACCCGCCUUCAAACACUGAGGUUACAAAAAGUAUUUCCCCAAAAAUUGUCUGACAAGGUCAUAAGUUAUGGUUCUUGUCAAUUCCCAACUUUGGGAUUUGUUGUUGAAAGAUACCAAGCCAUGGAAAAUUUUGUUGCUGAACCAUUUUGGAGAAUAAAAAUGAGUCAUACUGUGAAAGAUAUCACAACAGAAUUUUCUUGGAAAAGAGACCGGCUUUUUGAUAAGAAUGCAUGUGAGGCUAUCCUAGAUAUUUGCAGGGAAAAUCCCACUGCAACUGUUGAAAGUGUUGAAAGCAAAGAAAAAAGUAAAUGGCGGCCAACCCCUUUGGAUACAGUUGAAAUGGAAAAAACAGUUUCACGAAAACUCAGGAUAAAUGCUAAAGAAACAAUGAGCAUUGCUGAGAGACUGUAUACUGGAGGUUAUAUAAGCUAUCCUCGUACUGAGACCAAUAUUUUUCCAAAGGAAUUGAAUUUAAGUAGUUUAGUUCAGAAGCAGCAAGGUGAUGCUAGAUGGGGCCCUUUUGCCCAUAGAAUUAUGAAUGAAGGUGGACCAACACCCAGGCAAGGAAGAAAAUCUGAUCAGGCCCAUCCACCUAUACACCCUUUGAAACACGCCCCAAACCUGACUGGCAACGAGCAAAAGGUCUACGAAUACAUCGUCAGACACUUUUUGGCUUGCAUUCACAAAGACGCCAAAGGUUUCGAGACCGUCGUCAAUGUAGAUGUCGCUGAGGAGAAGUUCACUGCGAAGGGGCUCAUCAUUUUGGAGAAGAACUAUCUGGACGUCUACAUUUACGAUAAGUGGAAUGCCAAGGAGAUCAAUAAUUAUGCAGUGAGGGAUACUUUUAUGCCGACGAUCUUGGACAUUGUUGAAAGUUCAACUACCGCACCGAAAUUGCUGACAGAAGCUGAUUUGAUUGCGCUCAUGGAAAAGCAUGGAAUAGGCACUGACGCGACACAUGCAGAUCACAUAGACAAAAUCAAAUCGCGAGAAUACGUUGGAUUACACGAGAACAUUUACUUCGUCCCUGGUACACUGGGGAUGGGCCUAGUGGAAGGCUACAACAAUAUCGGAUUGGAAGUGUCUCUGGCGAAACCGACCCUCAGGGCGGAAUUCGAGAACGACUUGAAGCAGAUCUGCGACGGUGUGAAAGAUGCCGAAACGGUCAGGCGAGAACAGAUAGCCAGCUAUCGCGCCGUCUUCCAGACGGUGGUCGACAAGAUGCGGCUGAUCGACGAGAGCUUGGCGAACAGGCUGGACGUCAGACCGGACGACGUUCCCCAUGACAUCAACGUCGCCAGCAAUGACGGUUUCACGCCUGUUCUGAAGUGUCCCAAGUGCGGAAACGAUAUGGUACUCAGGAACAAGAAAAAUGGUCCAGGGCAGAUGUUGACGUGCUUGGGAUACCCCAAUUGUAGAAAUACAGUUUGGUUUCCUGCAGCAGUAGAUAGAGUUGAUGUACUGGAUGAUCCUUGCCCAAAUUGUGGUCAGACCAGUAAGAAAGUUAAAAUGAAGUUCAAACAGAACCUUUUUCCAGGCGAUCCAAAUCCGAAUACUUUGUGUUUAGGUGGCUGUGAUAUGAACGUUCUGGAAACUUUAGACAUCAAUAUUUCGUCGGUUAACCAAAGGCGCCCUGCCAAUGUUUCUCAACAAACCCCAAAUGUGCCUAAUGGUCCCAAUCGACAGAACGCCACAAAUAACGACUAUCCACCGAGAAAUAAUCGCGACAGUGGCUACAAUGGAAGUGUUAACACCACUUUGUUGAACGCUUCGAGGAAUUCUAGCCAAUCUAACCCGAAUCAAUCUAGCCAGAACCAAUCCAGAGGUGGUUUUUGGAUAACCCCUGUCAACGGAACCAAGAGAACGACAAACAUGAUGCCCGGAUCUUCCGGGAGUAGUAGUAACAGUAAUAAUAAUUCUUCUGGAACGGCUGGUCCGCAAGGAGAAAUCGUUUGCUCCUGUAAUAAUCAAGCUCGUAUGCUUACAGUGAAGAAAGAUGGGCCCAAUAAAGGCAGGAAUUUCUACAAAUGCGCUGGCGAAAUGUGCACGUUCUUCUGCUGGGCCCCCGAACCCGGCGGCACUUUUCCCAGCAACGACACCUCGCAGCGGAGCGACCAAGAUAGUGAGGUGAGGUGCGAGUGUAGGCAACCCGCUGUGCAGAGGACAGUGGCCAAGGACGGGCCCAACAAGGGCAGGCGGUUCUACGUCUGCGCGAAGGGCAUGAGAGACCAGUGCAAGUUCUUCAAGUGGGCGGACGAGGACGUUGGAGGCGGCGGGGGUGGAGGUGGUGGAGACGACAGAUGGGGCGGAGGAGGAGGAGGAGCGGGCGGUUAUUCCGGAGGGAAUAAUUCGAAUUGGACGGGAGGAGGGCAGAGUAAUAGAGGGAGGAAUCAGAAAAUGACGAGGGCAAAAAGAAAAUGCGGAAUUUGUGGAGAAGAAGGUCAUAUUAGAACCAAGUGCCCAAAUAAUAAUUGA